CAAGUCUUUUUCGUUCUCUUAUCAAUGGCCUUUAUAAACUGGAAAUUUUCAAGCCAUCGAGAAACGAAUCAGAACAAGGGUUUCGAAAACUUUUUUUGGGUAUCGAUUUAUCAAAUGCAAUGAAGCGAAGAUCCAAAAUUAACCCUAGAGAUCCACCAAAGACUCGCAGUUCUUCGCUAAGGGAUUUUCGUGGAGGUCGGAGCUCUGAUAAUCGAUUCGAUAUGGGUAAAGCCAAAAGAGUGAAGUUUACAGAUCCUGAAACUAAUCACCCUCCAGGUUGUAGAACGGGUGCUUCUCCAAUACAUUAUGAAGCAGCACAGGCUCCAAGUUCUGAUGCCCCCAAAACCUCUGAGUAUGCAUUCUUCAAGAAAUUAAAGAAGGAUGCUGGUUGCGAUCAUUCUUAUCAAUUGCGUAAAGAGGACACGCAAUUGAAUCAUUUCGAGUCAAGUGGUAAUUUCAGAGAGAUCACCAACAUGUCUAAAAGCAGCUGUGGGGACCUCAGGUCCUCAUUGCUUUUUGAAAAAGUGGGACCUGUUAACAAUUAUUUGUUCUUGUCACCUCUUGCUGGUGCAUCGAAGAACUCAGAGGUAACCAAUGUCGUGAAAGACAGACUAAAGGACAUCAGGUCCCCAUUGCUUGUUAGAAAAGUUUCAUCUGUUAAUCACGAUUUGCUCUUCUCACCCCUUGGUGGUGCAUCAAAGAAUUCAGAAACCCAGUACUCAGUUGAAGAAAUCUUUUCUAAAAGGAGAGAGAGAUUACUUCAGUGGGUUGCAGAGACCUCAUUACCUGAAGUUGACAAGCUCUCCGCCAAGGGGUGUGAUUUGGUUUCUGUUCUCCUUAGUCGGCUGUUUCCCAACGGCAAUGAAAACAAUUAUUUUAGGGAUUCAAAGCCAAGGCAAACCGAAACUGGAACAAAAAAUAAGUUACUUGCUUUUCCUGAGUCAGAUGACAAAGAACUUACUUGGAAUCAUGAAAGAGGCUUUAUGAUGCCCAAACAUGGGCCACACUGUAAUGAUUUUUCUGCUGAAUGUUGGUCUAAUGGAUCAAGAGAUGGAAUUUUCUCUAGAUGGAACACUGUAGGUUCUGACUCUCCCGAAACUCAAGUUCAGUACAAAAAUAGGAAAUCCGGAUGUGAUUACGACGGUGGAAGAACUGGAAAUUUGAUCAAUCAGAAUGAUCCAUAUGUUCAUUUCUGUUUUCAGAAUCACAGAUCCUUAGUAUCAAGUCAUCUCAAAGAGCUAGAUAAAUUUCAAGAUGUAAAUGAAUCUGCACUUGGAAGAGAGCCACGUGCUCUUUUACUGGGCUGGGAUUCUGAAAACGUAAAAGACGGACAGGGCUUGUCUCUUGCUUAUCCUGAGUCAGAUACCUAUGUUAAGGAACUGAAUUGGACUCAUAGAAGAGACUUUAUGGAGUCCAUACUUGGCCCAGACUCAAGUGAAUUUUCUUCUGAAUGCUGGUCUAACGGAUCGGGAGAAAUAAUCCUCUCGGGAUCGAAUACUUUAGUGUCUGAUUCUCCUUCUACCAGCUAUGCUACCAGAACUCAUCUUCUGUACGGAAAUAAGAAACCUGCUAGUGGUUUUGACAGUGGAAGAAGUGCAAGUUUGCUCACUGAUAGUGAUUCAUAUGUUCAAUCUCGUUUUGAAAAUCAUGGAUCCAUGGCAUCAAAUCAUCUCAAUCAACUGGAUGAAUUUCAAGAUCCAAAUGAAUCUGCAUGUGGAAGAGAGACACAUGCUCUUUUGCUGGGUUGGGAUUCGGACAACAUGAGAGAUGGAGGAGACUUAUCUGUUACUGCUCAUAAUGCAGAGAUGAACCUGCAUUCUACAUUAGCAACUUCAUGGGGCGAUGACCAGGAGAGUGUGGAUAAUGGAUUUGAUGCAACUGAGCUGUACCCGACAUCAUUCUUUUCCAAUUAUCCUCACAAAUUUACUUCAUUACCACAUUUCCGUUUAGCUGAUUUUCAUGCUCAUGAUUUCAGAAGACUCCUUGAAGACGAGAAGUAUUUAGUUGCAAAACUUAACCCUUUCCCUCAAACCUUAUCUCCUAUUCCAAAAUGUCUUAAUCUGGUGGAGGGUUGCAAUAAUGACAAUACAUGCGAAGCUGGAAGUAUGUUCCUCUCUCCUCAAAAUUACCAAUGGUUCAUAGGCAAGGUUUUGAGUGAGAAGCAUCUCAGUGGUAUGGAAGCUCUCCUUUCCUCUGGACUAGAUCUUGAUUUAGAAUGGAAGUGCUUUCCAGAGACUGAUUCCUUUAGAGAGCAUUACUUGUCUACUUGUCACACUUUUCAAUCUCCCCAAAAGGAGGGCAAGUGUUCAUAUCUCCUUACAGAAGAGGAGCAAGAAAUUCGUCCGUAUAGCACCAUUGCUCAUUUUGCCAAAGAUACACUAAAAAGUCAUAACUGGCCCUCCAUAAAUUUCCAGAUAUCUCUCAGCAAAGAGAUGGCUUCUUCUCCCUUGCAGCUCGGUAAUUCAAGCUGGCUUAGAUCUGAAGAAGAAUUGUAUGAUGAUCAUGAUGAAAGCAAAUACAUUUGAUGGUUCCCAUUAUAUUUCAUGGGUCCUUGUUUGUGCAUUGAUUGAGGUCACUUCUGAAUGGAUAGCACUUGAUGGUAAAUGAUUCUUCUUUGUUAGUUGCAUUGUUCAAUGUCGUGAAUUAUGUUUGAUCAAUCAAAAUUUUCUUAUGCAUUGCGAUGA